AUGAGCCGUCUCCUGGAGAAGCCCAACAUCGCCAUGUCCAUCAAGUCCACGGGUAGUCAGCUAUCGAGCACGAUGACCACGUCCUCGGCGACGCUGUCCUCGGACCUGGACGAUGUGGACACAUCCCGCACCCAACUGAGCCCAUCCGAAACAUCUGGAGUAGUCCUCGUACCCGGCACUACAGUCACACCCAUGCGCCAGAAAAUCGACCAGGUGGUGAUCAGCCUGAUAUCCGGAGCAGCGGCGGGGGCGCUGGCCAAGACGGUCAUCGCCCCGCUGGACCGCACCAAGAUCAACUUCCAGAUCCGCAACGAUGUGCCCUUCUCGUUCCGAGCCUCGCUGCGCUACCUGCAAAACACCUAUGCCAACGAGGGCGUUUUGGCCCUGUGGCGGGGGAACUCGGCCACGAUGGCCAGGAUCGUGCCCUACGCAGCCAUACAGUUUACGGCCCACGAGCAGUGGCGUCGCAUCCUGCACGUCGACAAGGACGGCACCAACACGAAAGGUCGUCGGUUUUUGGCUGGCUCCCUGGCGGGAAUAACCUCACAGUCGCUGACAUAUCCUUUGGACCUGGCACGCGCCCGCAUGGCCGUCACGGAUCGGUAUACUGGCUAUCGGACGCUGCGACAGGUCUUCACCAAGAUCUGGGUGGAAGAGGGUCCGCGGACGCUGUUCCGCGGCUACUGGGCGACCGUUCUCGGCGUGAUUCCCUAUGCGGGCACCUCCUUCUUCACCUACGAGACUCUCAAGCGGGAAUACUAUGAAGUGGUCGGCAACAAUAAACCCAAUACUCUAGUCUCGCUGGCCUUCGGUGCUGCGGCUGGUGCCGCUGGACAAACGGCCAGCUAUCCAUUGGACAUUGUGCGGCGAAGAAUGCAGACAAUGCGGGUGAACACGGCUGGCGGAGAUCGGUACCCAACCAUCCUGGAGACUCUCGUCAAGAUCUAUCGCGAGGAGGGCAUCAAAAACGGGUUCUACAAGGGACUCAGCAUGAACUGGAUCAAGGGACCCAUCGCCGUGGGCAUCAGCUUCUCCACCUACGAUCUGAUCAAGGCGUGGCUUACGGAGCUGGCCAACUUGAGACGGGUUGAGAAAUAGCCCAGCUCCCUGCCCCUGCCACAUGUCACCCAUAAACACCACACCAAAAACGCACUGUUUUGAUCUUAAGUCUCGUGAUCGAUGGAUGAGCUGAGGAGAUAGAAGUGAAGCACCGACAUGCUCUAAUUGUUAGAUAUUUUUAGCUGUUAGUUGUGAGGGAGAGAAGCGAUGAAGUGAAGACACCCGAAAGCGCUUAACUUUGUUAUUAACCGUAAUUGAUUUAUUAUCGCCGUAAGCCGAAAGUAUAUCAGUCAAUAAACUGUCUGAAUAAUGAC